AGCGAUGGGCCCUGGACUCCCUCCUGACGGCCUUCCUCCUCCUCCUCCUCCUCGCAGCCCAUUUCCUGGUCCAGUGGAAGUCCGACUGCCACUUCUUCAACGGGACGCAGCGGGUGCACUACCUCUACAGGCAGUUCUACGACAGGCAGGAGACUGCCCGCUUUGACAGCGACGUCGGGAAGUUCGUGGCCGUCACCGAGUUCGGGCAGCCGGACGCCGACUAUUGGAACAGCCGCCAGGAGAUCCUGCAGGACAAGAGGGCCGCCGUGGAUUACUUCUGCCGGCACAACUACGGGGUUUACACCUAUCAGGCGGCCAAGACGGCGCGUCUGAUUGGCCGGAGAA